AUGAAACGACGGCAAAAGAGGAAACAUCUAGAAAAUGAAGAGUCCCAGGAAACUACUGAGAAAAGUGGAGGAGUCUCGAAGUCCCAAGAAGACGUCUCUAAGCCUGAAUCCACUGGGGUGACCAAAGGCUGGAGCCUGGUGGUAGGGGAAGUCUCCUCUGCUUCUGAAUACUUCUCCUGUGUUUCUUCUCCCCACAAACUUGGUGGAGUCCAGAAAAUACAUCAAGACAGCCUCAGGCCUAGAUCACCCUUAGCCUGGGUUCAGGAACGAGGGGGGAAUCCUUCACCCUCACAACAUGUCUCCGUGUCUUCCCCUUCAUCCUAUAAGACCUGUGUGUCUUCCUGGCAUGAAAACAAAGAGGAAAGGGGCCUGAAAAUAUACUACAUGCAGGUACAAAUGAAAAAAGGUGUGGCUGUCUCUUGGGAAACAGAGGAAUCCUCAGAAUCAGUGGAAAGGCAGCCGAGAAUGGAAGAAGUGACUCUUCCUGAGGAGGUGCAGGUAGAUACGCCUCCCUCUGAUGUGUCAACCAGAAACCUCUUAUCUGACAGCGAGCCCAGUGGGGAGGAGAAAGACCACCAGGAAAGGGCAGAGUCAGACAGCCCACCACGGUCACCUGCAGUUGAGGAGAGAUCCAGGGCUGGGACACCUGAUUGGCUGGUGACCAUUGAGAAUGGCUUCAGGUGCAUGGCCUGCUGCCGGGUCUUCACCACCUUGGAGAAUCUCCAGGAGCACGUGCAGUAUGGGGUCAGGGAGGGCUUCAGCUGCCGUGUCUUUCAUCUCACCAUGGCUCAGCUUACAGGCAAUGUGGAAUCUGAGAACACCCAGGAGGAAGACGAGGAGGAAGAGGAAGAGGAGCAAGAAGAAAAUGAGGAUGAGAACCAGCAGCCCACGAGAGAAGAACUUGGCAUGAAGAGACCCUGGAGCCAAUGUCCAGGCUGUGUGUUUCAUUCUCCAAAGGACAGGAAGUGA